UAAGAAUUAUCUAAAGUUUCAUAUCAAGCGUAGGUUGAUAUUUAUCUGCCGGGUUAGACAGAAGAAAGAGGAAUAUGGGGAGCGUAGUUUGUGUGUGUUGCGAGGAGGGAAUGUGAGUGAGUGAUGGGAAGCAGGGAAGAAUCAGAAGUAGUGGUUGGCAAGGAAGAGGUUAUCGCAAAACUGAAGGACGAUGGCGACUUUGACAGGCUUCGUCUUAAGAUCGUUCGUAAGCUCAAGGAUAACGGAGAGUUACGACAACAUAUUACCUCAAUUGUGAAGCAGUCAGUGGCGCUAAAUCGUGCUGGAGCGGAAAAUAUGAAACCUAGACAACUUUCCGAUGCCAUAUAUGAAGAAGUUGGUGACAAGGUGAUGAGCCAGAUAUCUGAUAGUUUAUGGCAAAUAAUUCGAUCAAGUGACGGCAUGAAAAGUGAAAUAAUGGAAACAGUGCAGUCUGUCUAUGACAAACUGGCAAACCCGAAAGGGAAAGAUGAGGUUCCCACAUCUGAUAUGAAGCCAAUUCUGAGACAAGGUGAAACGGCUUCAAAUACUGAGGUUGAUGAUAAUUUGCACGAAAAUGAGCCAACAGAGCCACCGGGUUUCACUCUCUUACCUAAUCAUCUGAAUAACAACAAUCAUGAGGACCAGGAUAAAGGGAAGGUGCAGGUUCAGAAACAAGGAUUGACUGCAGAGGGGAAUGAAGAUUCCCAUCCAUCGCAGGAUACACUUGAAGAUGAUAUUAAUAGCAAUGCGCCCCCUGGAUUUUCAAUGAAUGUGGAGCCCAAUCCGUCUUCGUAUUGUAGUGAUGAAGACCCUGAUGUGCCUCCUGGUUUCGGUUGAUGAAUUAGGUGUUUCAAUUUUUCUUCUGUUCUGCAACCCUUGCUGUCGUUGGAUGUCACACAUCGAAUUUUCUGUUUUUGAUAUUGACUGAGCCAUAGAAAAACAUGCGACGGUCUAGAGGUCUCUUGACAUCCUGAUCUAAUAUUGGAUGCAUUAUUUAUUCUAAUUAGCAGAAGGUCAACUAUUACAUGUAAUUUUUGUGGGAACUAAUCCCAAAAUUUUCUGAAAUGAAUGCUAGAUCUUCACAAUGAAUUUUGUUAAGAGCUAUUGAUCAAUAGAAGCCCUCUUCACAAGAGCUUGGAGUUUCUGUAUAUGUUUCAUUACUUAGUUGUUUCUGUACAAAUUUGGUGAAAUAAAACUAGUUUAAGUCGUAAGAGUAUCUGUUUCAGCACUUGUUUUGGAGUUCCGUAAGACAUAAAUAAUGUGUUUCUGUGAGUGGUUUC